UUAAACUUCACCUUUCGUGUUCGUGGAUUUGAAACGGUUUUGUUUUUCAACCGAACAGCGACACGUUACCGACGUUUCAUAUUCAUGAAAGGUCAACAGACUUUAAUGUUUCACCUUACGACGUGUCAGUAAAUUCACCUAGACGAGAACAACUGCAGUUGCUGAAAUGCCUGAUCAAGGAGACAAGGCGGCCGACGGUUUCCCCGCUGACCUUCCCUGUCUGGAAAAACUAGACUCCCCUACAGGGAGCCCGCCCACCGCCUCGUUAUCCAGCCUGAUGGAGCUUGAGAACUGUGUUUCCAACCUGAGCCUCGCUCAUGAGGUCGUCAUGAACGGAGACUUCUGCUUCAGACCCCAGAGGCCUCCCGCAGACAGCCUGGAGGGCAGAGUGACGGAGAUCGUCCACCGGGCGUUCUGGGACGUCCUCCGGGAGCAGCUGAGCAGUGAUCCUCCAAACUACACUCACGCUGUCAUUCUGCUGCGGGAGGUCAAGACUAGACUCCAGUCCCUGCUGCUGCCUCAGCACGUCCGGCUGCGCUCUCAGCUGGACGAGGUCCUGGACAUGGAGCUCAUCCGGCAGGAGGUCGCUCACGGAGUCCUGGACCUCCACAGGCUGUCGGGGUACGUCAUCGACACCAUGGCGUCUCUGUGCGCGCCGGUGCGUGACCCGGAGGUCCGAGCGCUGAGGGACCUCCGGGACCCGGUGGAGCUGCUGAGGGACAUCUUCCGCGUCUUGGGGCUGAUGCAGGCCGACAUGGUCAGCUUCACCGUCCGGAGCCUGAGGCCUCAGCUGCUGCAGCAGGCGGCGCAGUACGAACGGGCCAAGUUCCAGCAGAUCCUGGACAAGCAGCCCUCUUCUCUGGACAACACCACCGUUUGGCUCCAGGCAGCAGCGUCAGAAGAGGCGUCGGCCGGCAGAGCUCAGUCCGUUUCUCCCGGUCCCGACGGCCGCUGUCCCGUCAGCGUCGCCGCCGUCCUCAACCGGGCCUACAUGCGCCUGCUGCGCUGGGACCCGCGGGACCAGACAUAUCCCGAGACCGUGCUGAUGGACCGCGCCCGUCUGGACGCUGUGGGCCGGCGGCUGCGGACGCUGGUCCUGGAGGCGUCGGUGCUGCUGCUGACCAACGCUCAGUGCGGGGACGCCGUUUUCUCCCUGCAGGGGUUUGUAGGUAAACUCAGGCAGGCCGCCGCUGCCCUGCUGGAGGGCGGUCACAUCAGGGACGCUGACCUGGAGGGGGCGCUGUUGGGGCUCGGGGAGACGGUCCUGCGGCAGGUGAGCGACGCCGUGAGCAGCCGGGGGGGAGCGGCGCUGCCUCAGGAGAGCCAGAAUCUGCUGAGAGGACAAAUAUCUGACCUGCGGAAACACGACAACCCCGUCCGCACAGUCAUAGGAGAAAGGGCACAGGGCUUCCUCCUGGCCGUGCUGCAGGCCGGCCCCGCCAAGGGGAGUCUGCUGGAGCCGCCCGCCGCCCUGAGGCUGGUGAGCGCCGAUCUCGCCGACCUGGGGACGACGUUCGGGCGAAUCGUCCACUUCAACCGGACAGUCUUCGGCCCCUUCUGCGCGCCGAUCCUCAGGAAGCUGCUGUUCCCACCGGGAGAGGCCGAGGCCGAGGCCGGGGAGGACUCGCGCUAGGCGCGACCCCGACGACCUGCGGUGACCUGUACAUAAGCCUCCACGUGGCGUCGAACACGUGGCUUCAGUGUAAAUAAAUACAGUGAGUGAAAGUGUUAAAAGAAGGCAGAUAAAGAACCUUCUAGUUUGUUUUGUAGGAGAAAUUUGUUUUUAUAUUAUGUUGUGUUAAAAAGCAUAAGUCAUGUACAGAAUAAUUAUUAUAACUAUGCAUUUUAACAGCAUUAAGAAGCGCAUUGUGUGAAAAAGGAAAGACGGGAGUAACAAAUGGUUUGUUGAUGAGAAACAGAUUUAGUCUUUAGACUUAUUGGGCCUCAUGCAAGAAAAGCUCGUACAAACAGAUUUGUUCCCAAAUCUCAGAACUUUCAGAGCAUUCGUACAAUUUUCUCGUAUUUUGAGUUUUCUUUCAGGUACGAACAGAAUUUACGACUGAUCCAGACCCGUCGUAGGAGCCACGUGUUAGUUAGUCUGCUGUUAAUCAAACCAAGUUUUUACACGUAUGGAUCAUUUUUUCGUCACUUUGAAGCAAUUAUACAUUUAUAAGUUAAGUUUACCUCUGCAAUUCGUAUUUUAAUAUAAUUCUACAUUUAUUUAUUUACCUUCUAAAACGUUUUUGCGCAGUGGUUAGGGGAGCGCCCAUCUUUGGCAGUUGGCAUUCAUGUUGCGAUAUAUGGUAUUUUAGGGACGCUGAUAUGCUAAUUUGUUAUCCUCGUGCAAGUGCUUGCUCAAAUACGCAGCAUUCAUCAUGUUUACGCACAUAAUUAACACACUUUUCUGAAGGUUGUAGCGUUAUAAGAACGCCUGGCCUGUUCGCACAAACUCACUGUACGAAAAAUGUAAAAGAAAUUAGGAUGACAAUAUGAAAAUGCUCUUGCAAUGAGGCCCACUGUGUCUUAAAUGAUCCGUUGCCUGGAAAACGUUGUUGUUGGGUUUGUCAGGAUUCACGGUCACCACCACGCUCAGGAACGGCAAAGCACCAAAGAUAACAUGCUCAUAGUUUGUGAAUAAUACUGAAGACGUUUUACUUAAAUAUAUUCAUGUUGACAGAUGUGAAACUUACCAAAGACGGUUUGCACUUUUUCUUCUUUUCUGAUCCCUGAUCAGAUGGGUAGUUUUCCCCCCCGACACUAGUUGGUAUUAUUGAGGGAUGGGACAUUAAACUGUUGCUCAUUUGUUUAUGAAUUGCAUGAUAUGUUGCCAAGUAACCGAAUGAGUCUGUAAUCGAUUUGCUGUGGUUUAGUAAGAGACUCCAUUUUUUUUUUUCUUUUUCAAUUAAAUUUUUAAUCACA